CAAGUCAAGCCGUGUGUAAUUGCAGUGAUCGACUUGUGACUGCUACAGUGCCUUUGACAGAAGUAGUAAAGCAGUAAAACGACGGAACAUUUAUUAAUUGUGCGUCACGACUCGAUUUCCGAGAGUUUGCGUCGAACGUUCUAUGUCGGAACUCCCACCGCAACUGACUGUGCCUUCUACUAUUCCCACGUUGGUCUUGACUUCCGUGCUCCGCCUCUUUCAUGGCGGCGUCCUAGAUAGCAGAAACCUCAACAAAAGCUAUCAAAAAACUGUGUUCGAAAUAGGCAAGUUCUGACAAGGCCUCGUCUAAGAGCAAUGGAUAAGGCGAAACAAGGCGAACCAGCAUCCCACAACAACCACGGUCUAAAGCCGGCCAGUGUUGACUCGCUGGAAGGUUCGGAAAGUGGCUCGCUUAACUCCAAGCUCGGUCCGCGGUCGGUGGGCAGCCACAGCUCCCAUUCGCCGUCUAAGUCGCUCUGCUCGUCUUCCUCAACAUCCACGGAAAACAUGCAACUCACGCAGGAACUUAAGAUGCGAGAAGUGUCCAAGGUGCCAAAGACGCAAGACCCACCUUUGCUUCCUGGAGAGCAGCCACACGUCAUUCAGAAAGCACGAGAUGUCACCUACCUGUGCCCAUUCCAAGGCCCCAUUCGUGGCUGCCUCUUCAUCACUAACUACAAGCUGUACUUUCGCAGUGUUGAGAAGAAUUCCCGCUCCAAACAGUUCACUGAGCCGCGGUUCACACUGGAAGUCCCGCUUGGUGUCGUGAGCCGUAUUGAGAAAGUUGGCUACGCGUCGAGUCGCGGAGAGAAUGCAUACGGCAUUGAGCUCUUCUGCAAGGACCUGCGCAGCUUGAAGUUUGCCCACAAGCAGGAGAACCACUCGCGGCGAGACAUCUUCGACAAACUGCACAAGCUGGCCUUUCCGCUCUCCAAUAACCUGUCAUUGUUUGCCUUUGAGUAUGGCGGCCGGUACUCUGUGAAUGGCUGGGCCGUGUACGACCCGUUGGCGGAAUACCGACGUCAGGGCCUGCCCACUGAGAGCUGGCGGCUGAGCCGGGCAAACGAGAACUACCAGCUGUGUGACACCUAUCCCGCCAUUCUAGCUGUUCCUGCUGCAGCGGAUGACAGUCUCUUGGAAGCCGUGGCUAGUUUUCGAAGCCGGGGUCGCAUUCCGGUUCUGUCCUGGAUCCACCCAGAGGGACAGGCAACCAUAACCCGUUGUAGUCAACCCAAUGUUGGCGUGAGCGGCAAGCGCAGCACAGAAGACGAGAGCUACUUGCAGAUGAUCAUGGACGCCAAUGCACAUUCGCAUAAGCUCUUCAUAAUGGAUGCUCGACCUAGCGUGAAUGCUGUGGCCAAUAAGGCAAAGGGUGGUGGCUACGAGAGCGACGAGGCAUACCGGUGUACCGAGCUGUGCUUCCUGGACAUCCACAACAUCCACGUGAUGCGGGAGAGCCUGCGCAAGCUCAAGGAGACCUGCUUCCCCAGUGCGGCAGAUGAGUCCCGCUGGCUGUCCGCACUUGAGGCCACCCACUGGCUGCAGCAUGUGCGUACCGUGCUGGCUGGGGCCCUGCGCGUCGCACAUCGCCUCGAAGGGGCCAAGGGAUCGGUGCUGGUGCACUGCUCGGACGGGUGGGACCGCACCGCGCAGCUCACCAGUCUGGCCAUGCUCAUGCUUGACCCUUACUACCGCACCAUCCGAGGCUUCGAAGUGCUCAUUGAGAAGGAGUGGCUCAGCUUUGGCCACAAGUUUGCUCAGCGAAUUGGACACGGCGAUGACAAGCACUCGGAUGCCGACCGGUCACCCGUUUUUCUCCAAUUCAUCGACUGUGCGUGGCAGAUCAUGAACCAAUUCAAGAAUGCUUUUGAAUUCAACGAGCACUUCCUCAUCACCAUCCUGGAUCACCUCUACAGCUGCCUGUUUGGCACAUUCCUCUACAACUCGGAGCAACAGAGGGUUAAAGAGAGCGUGCGUGAACGAACUCAGUCGCUCUGGUCGAUGGUGAACAGCGACAUCGAGGAGUACACCAACCCGUUGUAUGCCAGCUACCCACAGCAGCAUGUCUUGUUUCCGGUGGCCAGCCUGCGUCGCAUCCAGCUCUGGAAAGGCUACUACUGUCGCUGGAACCCACGCAUGCGCCUUCAGGAACCAUUGCAGGUGCGCAGCCGGGAACUCCUUCAAUUGCGUGCGCAGCUGCAAAGGCAGCUGGAAGAACUGAAGAAGGAGCAUGAAUCCAAGGUGUCUCGCAUCCCACCGAGAGUCUCAUCACCAAUCACCGUUUAGCAGCAAUAGCCGUGACUGCUGCACUUUACGUCCUCAGGCCUUCACGGAGAAGCUUCGCAAACUCGAAAAGCACCUUCCUACACCUCAUACGUGUCGCUGAUAUGUUUGUCAAAGCUAUUUCCAAGAUGUCAUUGGCUUGGCGUAGCACGGGGAUGCGUUAAUUAUCUCUCCACGAACUUGGCACUUUGCUGGACUUCUUACCUUGCUGGUUACUUGAAGAGCAGUAACUUUUUUGUAUUUCUAUAAGCCACGUCAAUUGCCAUUAUCAGUUGUUUCAUAGUCUCAACCUUAGUGUGAUAUAGUGCUCGCGUUCUGGUGACAAGGGGUCCUGUGUAUGAUUAUAUAUAAUUUUAUGACUUUUUUGUCAGAAAACAUUUAUGUGUAUGCAUUUUAUUUGAAAAAUAAGAAACUGUCUUGAACAAUAGCUUGUGAUUCUGUGAUGUCUGCUUUUAGCACUUGUAACUACGGUCCGGUGUUUAUAGUUCAUAUUUGUUGUUUUUAUUCAUGUGUUAUCCAUCCCUGUCUCAAGACAAAGUUUUGAAUAUUAGAGUGCAGCUCUUAGGCGCCCGUUCCUGCUUUGAGCGUCUGCCUCGGCGUCGGCAUAAUCAGCAGAACAAACGCAGAGCGCAUCGGAGGAUGAAAUGUGGCGAUAGUGAAGAGAGGGCGAGCAGGAAAGCGGAGGAGGAGGGUACAGUGGAAGCAUGAGGAGAAAAGCGGAGUGCCGCUUGAGAUGUGCUCCACGGCCGCGACCCGCUACAAGAUGGUGCCAUAGCAGCGUGCUCCAUCACCUGGUCGCCGAUGGCAUCAUUACUAAGGCAUGCGGCGAGCGCGUCCACUGAUACCAUAUAUAGAAACAAAGUGCUGGUGUGGGCUUCGGACCCACUGCUCAUGUGCUACUUUGCCUGCACAGCCGCCUCUAGAGAUUGCAUUCCGCGCGAGCCACGCAUUCCCGUGUUCACGCUUUCUUUCUGAACAAUGAGCAAUGCAACCAGUGAAAGUGCUUGGUCAGCCGCUGCUCCUAAACGAGCUGCCCGAGCAGAGGCUCAGCACUGCCACCGAAAGCACCCUUCCGUUCUGAUUCAACUUUGCCUCAAUAUAUUGCGAAUUUAAAACACCUAAACAGCUGCACUCAAAUUUUGCAUUAGGGAGUAUCAUAAUCGUUGGUGAAUUUUUUCGUUUGCUGUAAUUACUGACAAAUAUUUUUCUAGCCACUGAUUGUUUCUUUUCAUUUUUUAUAAAUUGCUAUAGUUAUUAAAAAUGCAC